CCUCACCAUCGCGGCGCUUGAGCACAACGCACCACCACAACCUCGAUUCGACACCGAACCAUCAUAGCUGCGACUAAGCGGCUCAACCAGCCAAUUUCAAGAUGUCGCAAUACGCCGACAUAUUAUCCCGGCCCCCGUUCUACGCCAUCGCAGGCGUUGACUCCCGCGCACCCAUCCCGCAGCAAAUGGAGCAGAUCGACCAGCUUAACACGCUCUUACUACAGCAGAUCGACGCCAACUUUGCCCGCCUUCAUUCUACUGUCACGACCCGCAUUCUGCCAGAGAUCAAGCGGUUUGCGCUCGCCAAUCAACCCACCAGGGAAGCAGCUGCGUUCUGGACAAAUUUCUACGCCCAGGCGUUUGGAGAGCGGCCCGGCGAGGGGAGCACAGUCGACGAAACGCGGUAUGAGGAAACAACCUCGGAGCUCGGCGGGAGCUUUUUUGAGCCGGGUGCGACAAGCACGCCCAUGAGGAGGCGGGGAGACGAGGACGAGAGCCUGGACGACAGUCUUGGCAGCCCCUUCGAUCGUGUCAACAAGCAGCUGAGCAGGCUCUCAAUCACUACUACCGAGGACACGACACCCUCUCUGCCGAGCGGAUACGACUAUGGCCGCUCGCCAUCCCCGGACGAAACGGCCGAGUUUGACAGCACGCUGCGCUUCCAACCUCCAGGCUCCUCCACACCGCGAGCGCGUGUGCUGGACCCCGACUCGCCGACUGCCCACAAGUCUCCAGCGACUCGACUGAUAGAUUUGACCUCCACACCGCUCGGGAAGGAUUUCCGCCCGCUUGCGCCGUCAGCGAGCCGCAGCCUGUUCUCCCGCCCCGCCCCGCGCACCAAUCCGCAGCCGCGCAACAUGUUCGAUGACGACGAUGAUAUCAAGCUCGGAAUGUCGCCACCUGUAACCAUGAAGUUUGCCCUCCCGGCCACCGCGCAGCGCAUAGUCGCGGCCGGUACAACGCCUAUCAAAGCUCCACCUGACCUUAUGGACAUGAGCUACGAGCCGAGCCCGCGCAUGCCGACGCCCGAGAACUUACGUCGGUACUCGAUGGCAGCGGAUGAUUUGGCGGCUGAUUUGGCGGCGGCGCGACGGGAGUUCGACGCACCUCUCCCGCCCCCAGACCGCGAGGGCAUGACAGCACGACGACUGUUUGAUGGGCCUGAUCCCAACCCGGACACACGGCGAGAGAGGGAGGCAUCUUCCGCUCACCGGCUCUUGGAGUGUGACAACACCAGUCACGUUGAUCGGCUCGAUGAGUCAACAUAUGGCUACGGCCGCCCGCGCAGGUCCCUCGCCAACACGUCGUACGGCAGUGACAUCGAGAUCCAACGAGAUGUCACUGGUCGAAUUAUCGGGGAUGACGAGAGCAUCGAUGACGCCGACGAUAGCUUGGACGACACAGACGAAUAUGCAGCACAGGCGGCAGAGGGCUUCGAGUUCGUUGACAACAGCUACGACUCAGACAUCUCUGGAUACCCCCGAGGUGCGGGGAGCGGCUACGCUCAGCAAGGGGGCGAGACGAGCCUGUUCGGGAAACCUGCGCCCGGUGACGGCGGUCAGUUCGUUUUGCAUCAGCAGGACGAGAUGGUUACGUAUCAUGGAGGUCGGCUAGAGGACGCCGCGGCGCCUGAUAGUCCCACGAGGAGGCGAUAGCGCCGAGGUAGCAAAUACUGGCUCUAAUAAUGUACAUAUAUUGAUACUGUGCUAG